GGGAGAAGUUACCUCCUCAAGCCAGGUGUGUCCUGGCGCAACGAAGUGCCCUGACUGGAGCAUAGGCCGCCAGUCGGCCUGCUCAUGGUCAGGUUGCAGCUGUCAACCACGCGAUGAGUCUUACCAUGCUUAGACUCUCGCUGCUGCUGGCGCCGGCUGCAGCGAUGGAAAGCGCGCUGGGCGCAGAGCUGGCGACGUUGCCCUGGGUACGGUUCGUCUUAUCAGACCUCUCCUCCGCCGCGCACACUCUCCAGAAGACACUGCCGGAGAACUUUUUGCAGCGCGGGGAGUUUGCCAUGGCGCACCGGAGAGCCAAGCAGCCGGAGGAGGCGACUGCGCCAGAAGGUUCCAGCCCGCGGGCAGCGCUGACGCAGGAGGUGCGCGAAGCGCUGCCGGUUCAGGCGCAACCAGGUCAGCCGGAGCAGCCAGUUCAGCCUGAGGCGCAGCCUUUGCAGCAGAUACAGAGUCAGGUGAGUCAGCUGCCGCAGGCUCAGUCUCAGGUUCUACCUCAGGUUCAACCUCAGGCUCAGCCUUUGGUUCAGCCUUUGGCUGAGCCUUUGGUUGAGCAGGCGCAGCAGGCACAGCAGGCACAGCCGAUUCAGCCGCAGCAGCAAUCGCAGGUUGAACAGGCGCAGGCGCAGACGCCGCAAGUGCAGCAGGUCCAACCAGUCCAACAGGAAGCACCGCAGCCGGUGCAACAGGAGGCACCGCAGCCAGCGCAACAGGAGGCAACGGGCCAGCAACAGGAACCGCAGCCGGCACAGCUGCCACAGGCAGAGCAGGUACAGCAGGUGCCACAGGCGGCCGACCAGUCGGCAGCUCUUCAAAGCCAGCCAGCACCGCAGGUGCUUGCAUCGCAAAGCGCUGCCAAGAAGAUCACGCCGGCCACGAGGUAUGCGGCGACCUUCUCCUUGGCGCUGCUCGUGAAGGUCAUGUGCAUGUUGAGCAAUGUCGCCUGCCAUGUGUCACCAUUUCCUCAGGUGCAGCAGUUCCACAAGAACCACGACACCGGGGAGGCGGACGCGGCGCCCUUGAUGAGCAUCCUCUACUCGGGGGCCCAGUGGGUCUUCUAUGGGACCUUCGCCUUCUACAUGACUGGGAAGAGCGGCUUUCUGGUGUUGGUCUACGCCAACAUCACCGGAGCCGUGUUGGGCUCCUACUAUAUCUGGGGCUUCCAGAGGAACUGCCGCGACAAGAAGGCCUUGGAGCAGUUGCGGCUCUACCUCCGAGUGGCCGCGCUGAUGGUCUCCUUGCAGAUGCUGGCCAUUCUGUUCCUGACCAGCGGCAGCGCGCUGUUUCUCAGCGGGCUCAUGUCCUCGCUAUCCAGCAUUAUCGGGGCCUUUUCCCUGUGCUCCACUCUCCCGAAGGUGAUCAAGACGCAAUGCUCCGCCUCCAUCAACCUGGAGCUGCUCGUGGUGAGCAUCGGGUCCUCGGUGCUGUGGGUCAGCUGCGGGGUGAUGCUUUGGGACGUGUGGAUCCUGCUACCGACGCUCUUCUGCUUGGUCAUCCAGCUGAUUUGCGGGGUCUUCGUGCUGCUCUUUCCUCGGGAGGAGCAGGGGGACUUGAUCCACUUGCCUUCGAGAUCCCCGCUCUGUACUUGGGUAAUGCCAAGAUCCGAGAGAGACCGGGGCGUUCCGCUCAGCGGGCGCGCCCAUGCGGCGGCCGCGCAGAUCCGGGCGGCGCUCGCGGCCACCGCCGAGCGAAGGGACUGGCAGGACUACGGCAGCACUGCGGGUGCUGGCACGGGUGGCACCUGCUGAGGUGGCAGAUUCUCGGACGCGAGCGCUCGCUCCGAG